UUGGCGUUUGCCACAGGUAGUACUGCUCUGAAAUUCAGUUAUUUCUCCCAGUAGUAAAUGCUGCUAAACUUUCCCACAUCCUGUUACCGCUUGAAGGCGUGAAGACAUUAGAUGACAGCGGACCGCCUGGUGGACAGAUUCACUGUAGCGAGAGUCCGGCUCUGAAGCGCGCACACACCUCAGCACCUUGGACAGAGCGCAGCGCCGCAGUGGCGAUGCGUGGAUUCAACCGGUGGCUUCCCACUGGAGCAGCAGUGUGAGGGGCACCGUUUGACUGAAUGUUACAUAAAAACUCUUUGUGUUCCUCAUGUGGGCAAGGCUUGCUCUCUGGAUCACUUGGACCGGCGCUUUUUUUUUUGUUCCUUGUAAUACAGAGCGCCUCCGUGGAUUCAGUCGUGUUGGUAGGCGUGCCGCUGAAUGAGUGGUUGACUCCAGAAGCCGUGCAGAGCAGCGUGGAUUAGGUGACUGUCAGCCGGGCGCAGCGGUGUGGUGGUGGUGGUGCCUAAGAGACCCUCCAUUUAUAAGGAUGCUGGUGGGAAAUGCCUGGAGACAGAGAUGACGAGAUUUGUCAAAAGGCACUUGAACUCCUGUCAGAUCUUUGCUCGAAGGGGGAAGUGCAGAACGAACACUGCCUUGAUUUUAUCUACUAUUUCCGAGAUCUCGCCAGGCCACGCUAUACGGAUUCAGAUAUAUCGGUGAGUCUGUUGUCACUGGUAGUGACUGCCUGUGGCUUGGCACUGUUCGGGGUAUCCCUGUUUGUCUCCUGGAAGCUCUGCUGGAUACCAUGGAGGGAGCGUGGGCUUUCCCCCACCACCAAGGAGGCCCACGGGCACCUCAACCCCACCAUGAGUCCACUGCCCUCGCAGCCUGCACCCAGGCAGCCAGUUUACACAGCCGUGGACCCGCCAGUGCACAACCGCCGUGAGUCAUCACAGUGCUCCAUCACCAGAGAGCCCACUCCUAUGGCAUCUGUGGUAUCAGUAGAGGCUCCGGUGACUCCAGUAUCACCACCACCUGUGGUCUUAGCCACACCAGAGGCAGCUAUGAAGAUAAGUCACACAUCUCCAGACAUUCCAUUGGAUGCCCAGAGCAAAAGUCAGGAAAGUGGGGUCCACACUAACCCUCGUAUUCAAAGACAGACCACUGAACCCCCGCCCUCUGGUCGUUCAAUGUCUGAAAUUGGACAAGGAACCAUUCGCAGACAUAUGAACCUGUCUAAUCCAGACUUCAAUGUGGCUCAGUUUCAAAGGCAGGACUCCCUCACUGGAAUGGGAUUGGGGCUUGGCCGCCUUAAACCUGAGCUCUAUAAACAACGCUCCCUCGAAGGAGAUGAAGGCAGUCGCAGGGGUGGGAGCUGUGGGCGCCUCCACUUUAUCCUCAAAUUUGAUUGUGACCUGGAACAGUUAAUAGUUAAGAUCCACAAAGCAGAGGACCUCCCAGCCAAGGACUUCUCUGGUACCUCUGACCCUUAUGUUAAGAUCUAUCUUCUCCCUGAUCGUAUGACCAAGCACCAGACAAAGGUGCACCGCAAGACACUGAACCCUGUGUUCGAUGAGGUCUUCCUGUUUCCUGUGGCAUACUCUGAGCUUCCCACACGUAAGCUGCACUUCAGUGUCUAUGACUUUGACCGUUUUUCACGCCACGACAUCAUCGGCCAGGUGGUUGUGGACAACUUCCUGGAUCUGGCAGAUUUUCCCAGGGAAACAAAACUCUGCCGGGAAAUCCAGUAUGUCUCCUCGGAUAAUGUGGACCUCGGAGAUCUGAUGUUUUCACUCUGCUACUUGCCUACUGCGGGGAGAUUGACCAUUACCAUGAUAAAGGCUCGCAAUCUCAAAGCAAUGGAUAUCACCGGUGCAUCUGAUCCAUACGUGAAGGUUUCACUAAUGUGUGAAGGUCGCAGACUGAAGAAAAGGAAGACAUCGACGAAGAGGAACACUUUGAAUCCAGUUUAUAAUGAGGCCAUUGUCUUUGAUGUCCCUCCAGAAAAUAUAGAGCAGAUCAGCCUUUUGAUUGCAGUGAUGGACUACGACCGUGUAGGCCAUAACGAGGUCAUUGGUGUGUGCCGAGUUGGCAAUGAUGCAGACAGCCUCGGCCGAGAACACUGGAGUGAAAUGCUCACAUAUCCUCGAAAACCUGUCGCCCACUGGCACCCUCUUGUCGAGUACCAGGGGACCACAGGUAGUAGCCAAGGAGGAUCCUGUAAUUCUCUGAAGACGCCUCCUUCUCCGUAGCCUUGAGCGUCAAUUCACAAAGGGCACCAAUUAACUCGAAGCCUCGGCCGUACCUCUGGACAUUAAUGCUGCAGGGGGCUGCACGCAAGAAUACAGAUGUUGCUAAACUACUAUAGAAAAGAGAGAGAGACAAACUGUCUUGGGCUUUGCUCAGUUGAAUCAGUUGCAUGUUGAAUGACCACAAAGAUGGAUGUUUUCUUUUCUAAAAAGUCCCAUAAGGAAAACAGCAGACAUUUUAAGUCUGUACUAUCCCUGGGUUUAUACAGUAGUUACUGUUUUUUUUUUUUGUUUUGUUUUUUUACAUAGUCUUGUUAAUUGUUUUAAUGAGGUGAGUCUGUAUUUGCACAAUGUACUGACAACCAGUUGAACUGCCAUACUGUUUUUUUUUUUAAUUUGGUGGUGAAUUGGUGCAUGAGGUCAUGGUUUGGUGGGAUAUCUUCUCCUCGUUUGUUUGUUCCUGUUUCUAUUUUUGGGAGUAUGAUGUGUUGUUCUGUCAGUUGAUGUGCGGUGACGGUUAAUUUCGAAACAAAAUAUCUGUAAGCAAAAUAUGUUAAAUGUUAUCAAUAAAUAUUAUUCCAUUAAAAAA